AUGUCUCAAGAAGAAGUUGCAUCAGCUACCCAGUCCGUAGCUAACUUGCAUUUAGAUGAAGUCACCGGUGAAAUGGUUUCUAAAUCUGAAUUGAAGAAACGUAUCAAAUUAAGACAGAUUGAAGCCAAAAAAGCUGCAAAGAAGGCCACUACCCAACCAAAACCUGCUCCAAAGAAGAAGAAGAACGAUUUGUUCGCUGAUUUAGAUCCAUCCCAAUAUUUUGAAGCCAGAUCUAGACAAAUCUUAGAGUUAAAAAAGACCCAUCAACCAAACCCAUAUCCACACAAAUUUAAUGUUUCCAUCUCCAAUCCAGACUUCUUGAAGAAAUAUUCCUAUUUGAAAAGGGGUGAAACCUUACCAGACGAAAAAGUUUCUAUCGCUGGUAGAAUCCACGCAAAGAGAGAAUCUGGUUCUAAAUUGAAGUUCUAUGUUUUACAUGGUGAUGGUGUUGAAGUUCAAGUUAUGUCUCAAUUACAAGAUUAUGCAAACCAGGAUCAAUAUGAACAAGACCAUGACUUGAUUAAACGUGGUGAUAUCGUCGGUGUAGAAGGUUACGUUGGUAGAACUCAACCAAAAAAAGGUGGUGAAGGUGAGAUCUCUGUCUUUGUUACUCGUAUCCAAUUGUUGACUCCAUGCUUACAUAUGCUACCAGCUGACCAUUUUGGUUUCAAGGACCAAGAAACCCGUUACAGAAAGAGAUACUUAGAUUUGAUUAUGAACAAAGAUGCAAGAGGCAGAUUCAUUACCCGUUCCAAAAUCAUCCGUUACAUUAGAAAGUUCUUGGAUGACAGAGAUUUCAUUGAAGUUGAAACUCCAAUGAUGAAUGUUAUUGCUGGUGGUGCCACCGCUAAACCAUUCAUCACCCACCAUAAUGAUCUAGAUAUGGAUAUGUAUAUGAGAAUUGCUCCAGAAUUAUUCUUAAAGGAAUUAGUUGUUGGUGGUAUGGAUCGUGUUUAUGAAAUUGGUAGACAAUUCAGAAAUGAAGGUAUCGAUAUGACCCAUAAUCCUGAAUUUACUACCUGUGAAUUCUAUCAAGCUUAUGCAGAUGUUUAUGAUUUAAUGGAUAUGACCGAAUUGUUAUUCUCCGAAAUGGUUAAAGAAAUCACUGGUAGUUAUGUCGUUAAAUAUCACCCAGAUCCUCAUGAUCCAACUAAGGAAUUAGAAUUAAACUUUGCAAGACCAUGGAAGAGAAUCAACAUGAUUGAAGAAUUAGAAAAGGUCUUUGAUGUCAAAUUCCCACCUGGUGAUCAAUUACACACCAAAGAAACUGGUGAAUUCUUAAAAUCUCUAUUAAUUAAACAUAAAUUAGACUGUCCACCACCUCUAACUAAUGCUCGUAUGUUAGACAAAUUGGUCGGUGAACUAGAAGACUCCUGUAUUAACCCAACAUUUAUCUUUGGUCAUCCACAAAUGAUGUCUCCAUUAGCCAAGUACUCUCGUGACAUGCCAGGUUUAUGUGAACGUUUUGAAGUUUUUGUUGCUACUAAAGAAAUUUGUAACGCUUACACUGAAUUAAACGAUCCAUUUGAUCAAAGAGCUCGUUUCGAAGAACAAGCCAACCAAAAGAGUCAAGGUGAUGAUGAAGCUCAAUUAAUUGAUGAAACCUUCUGUAAUGCCUUAGAAUAUGGUUUACCACCAACUGGUGGUUGGGGUUGUGGUAUUGAUAGAUUAGCCAUGUUCUUGACCGACUCUAACACCAUUAGAGAAGUCUUAUUAUUCCCAACUUUGAAGCCAGAUAUCUUAAGAGACGAAGCUGAAAAGAAGGCUGAAGCCAAAUGA